ACGACGCGAGGGAAACUUCGAGAAGGCGAGCGAGCGAGCGAGCGAGCGAAGAUGGGGAAGAGCAAGCAAAACAAGAAGCACCUUGAGGAAGAGGAGGCGGAGGAAGAGGAGGCAGAGGAAGAGGUGGUGGGUGGAGGGGUACCGGAAGGAGAGCUGGAGGAGGAGGAGUAUGUGGUGGAGAAGGUGCUUGACCGGCGAGUGGUCAAGGGCAAAGUUGAAUACCUGCUCAAGUGGAAGGGCUUCUCACAAUCUGAUUGUAGGAGCAACCCCACCGAUAAAGCUUCUGACCUACUUGCUGUACAGCCAAGGGGUGGGAGGAGGGGGGAUUCAAAAAUCGCUGACGCCAGCCUGGACGUCCGUGUUGCCACCAGUGACGACAACACUUGGGAGCCAGAGGAGAACCUGGACUGCCCAGAGCUCAUCAGCCAAUACCUGGAGUCUCAGAAGUCGACGCCAAAACAUAGCGGGGCCAGCGAGGAACGGGGGGAAGGGCAGAAGCGCAAGGCCUCAUCCCUCAAUGGCUCAGAUGAUGGUCGUUCCAAGAAGAAGAAAGAGGAAAGAAAGGCUGACGACAGAAUCCGAGGCUUCACUCGGGGCCUGGAGCCGGAGAGAAUUAUCGGGGCCACAGAUUCCAGUGGAGAGCUCAUGUUUCUCAUGAAGUGGAGAGAUUCUGACGAGGCGGAUCUGGUACCAGCGAAGGAGGCAAACCUUAAAUGCCCUCAGGUGGUGAUCUCAUUUUACGAGGAGCGCCUCACGUGGCACUCCUACCCCGGCGACGAGGAGGACAGGGAUCGCAGGGAAGAGACCGCCGAGGUGGCUUUGUGAGCCAAGUGGUCACUCCUGAAAAGCCAGAGACCACCCCUCCCACCCCGUCCAGAUCACAGCCCCCCCCCCCCCUUCUCUUCCACACCGCCAUUGCCAGGGAUUCAUUUCAGCUUCGUUUGUCCCGAGUCGACGACCCCAAGGCCGUUUUCUUGUUUUAAGCGACGCUCUUGUUCUCUACACACAAACAAAACAAAAAAAGGAAAUUGAUGCUACGAUUGCUCUAGCUGCACCAAAAAAAAUCCGCUUUUUCAGUUCUCUGGAAUCUGCAGCGCACGAAGCCGCCAAUGUCGUGUGAUAAAUUAGCAUAUGUCCAGUCUAUUUCCCUAGAGAAGCGACGCAUAACGACACCGUGCGGUGUGGUUAUAAAAGCCUGCCAGGUGUUGCACUGUACACAUUUGGCUACAGAGAAGGUGUUGGGGGUGUCUUGAAUAUGUUAGGGUUUUUUGCAGUAGUGGAAAAAAUGUGUUAUUUUUGACUACAAUUUUACCAGAACAAGACAGUUUUUUUUUUACCAGCUCUUUUAUCCGAUAAACUAAAAGGUUUGACAUGCACAAUGAAAUAAUUUAUAAUUCGAAUCCAUUUUUCAGUCAUGCCAAUCUCCAAAACGCACUAGAUCUUGCGACACAUUGUAAUUAAUUUAGUCUCCAUGUGCACAAUUGUUUUUGAACUUGACGAUUGCAUUCAAGCACCCACAUAUAUUUUGUUGCAUUCUAUGUGGGCAUGAUAUUUAUGUCUCUUAGGAAUUUCGAUGGAAAAUGGCAAUCGAUAGGUGUUGAAUGUGUGGUGAGCACUGCAGAAUCCACAGCUUAGAGACAUUUUUAUCCUAGCAAUGAUGUACCAUUGUCUACGGAAUAUUUUUAUUUCGAAAAUACGCUUGUGUGUUUCCAUCUGAUGCAACGGGAUAUACAAAACUAGACGUGCUUCACUCCUUUCCUCUCACACGCGCAAGGGUGAGAGGGAGGGAUGGAGUCCUAUCUUUUUUAGCGGAGAGGAAGAAAAAGCUUCUGCGCUUGUGCAUCACUCAUUCGCGGGUGGAAAGGAAAGAAAAACAAGUUUGGACAGAUUCUGUCCUAUUCUUUGCAACAAAACAAAACUCGUGCGUCGUGCCAUGGGACCACUGCAGAAAACCGAAAACUAUUUUAACAGGAUUUCUCCUGUUCCGCCAAACAGAAAGAAAGGAAGUGCAUCCAUUCAGCUCAGUCACAAUCGCAAUGGAUUUAAUGUGCAGCCUCUGUUUCCUGAAGUUUUGUUUCAUCCAGCUGUACACGUCUUGUUCGUGUGUCUGUAUCGUGCUCUUUUCUGGUGUUUCCUGCAAACAACUUAGUAGAUACCAUCUUUACAAUCUAGCAUCGCACAUUUGCAGUUUUAUGACAAUUUUCUUUGGCUCUGAGACAUAGCUUGAUAACACAUUUCCUCACUGCUUUUACUCCUGUUGGACUAAUUUACCGCCAUUGUUUUAACAGUGGAAUACCCGCAACAUAAGCGCAGAGGGUAACACCCAAACACAACAGCGCAGUUAGACCUGCGAGAACAGAACGUCAGCGUGGGCAGCGUGUCGGGACAGAUGAAGAACCCGAGGCUGUCCGAGCAGCGACUAGGCAGCACGUGCAGUGGUACCGCACGCGCGCCUCAGCCGGGAACAGCGGCAGGCAAGAGGAACGGAGGACGGACAACGGCAUCAGCAGCGCCGAAAUUCAUUUUGGAGGAAAAGCUUGACGCCGUGAGAGCGGGCAACGGAGAGAGGCACCGGCACCACCGAGCGAAAGUAAGCCGAUGAAAUGGCUUGAUGUCGCACGAGAGCUGAAAAUAGAAGGGGGGGGAUGGAGAGAAUGGUGCCACCGAGUGAGAAAGGGCUGUUGGAUUUGAACGGAGAGGAAGCCAAUGUCGAGACGUGCAGUUCAAAGUCGGGGUGACAAAUAAUGGGCCUGCUUGCCUUGGCCAAGUCACUUCAGCUUUGUCUCCUGUUGUGCGCUGCAAGUUCUUGGUGGUAGGCUUAAACUUGUUACAAAGGAAUAGUGAUUUUCUUUUUUAAAUGGCUAAAACUAUACAAAUACAAUUAAGCAUGAAUAGAAUUUCUUUUGAAAGAAUAAAGAUCCUAAAAUAUUCAAAUGUCGAAAACGUAACUGCUAAACGAUGAACGUACAUAGUUCCGCAGAUUCCUGCGAGUACGUUUAAUAUUCUUAUUAGGGUCCGUUUUUUGUUCGCCCUACACAAUUAUAUAAUUUGACGACACGUUCCUUUUGAGCACGAAUUUAUUGCAAAUCUCCGAGCAUUUGGAUGUAACUGUAAAUUUAGAAAUGUCCCCUUUGUGUUGAUCCCAUGACGGGAGAGUCCCCCAUGGCAUGUUCGUUUACCAUUCCUUGACACGAGGAGUUCAAGGAAUGGCAAUUUAAAAGAAGCUAUGUUUUAUAAGCACUUUUAGUGGGUUUGUAUAUGGGGGAAGACUGUUUUUGUUCGUAUCUUAUCUGGGUAAUUUGUUACCUAAAGCUCUUGAUAAAGUUAUGCUAUUGAUGGCAGUCAUUUGUACAUUUAAAACAUUCCUUUUCGCCUUUGGUGAUCAUGUAAAGCGCAUGUCCUUGCAACACAUGUUGGAUGUUUAAAUCUAUAAUAGCCAAAUUUGGUGGCUAAAGAAUUCUGUCCAGGUAUGCCUAAAUUGUGAAGGCAUUAACAUCCCUGUGCACAUACGUUUACCAUGAAAAUGUUCUCUGGUAAUAUACAUUAUGCCACCAAUAUCUUCACCGCGUAAUAAUUAUUUUCUUAAGAGUGAAAUGGUGGCACAGUGGUUGGGCGCACUGUUGUGGACUUGGCGACCUGAGUUUGAUUCUCGCCCAUGGCUCACAUCGUUCGCAAAUUAUAUCUGAACGGUUCCUAUGACUAACAGCACGGGGGAGGCCUUCAUCAACAGUGAAUUGACAAAGGCUAUAUUAAAUUUAAUGAAAAAUUUAAAUUUUCAGAUGCUGUUUAAUCGCAUGAAAUUUCCUUUUGCCCUCUUAAACCAUACCAAUUACAACAACUUGUAUGUAUGGGUGAUUUAGUUAUGCAUACAAAGUGAUUUAAUGCUAUUGACAAUGUGUCCAAUGCAUGUAUAAUGUAGAGGAUGGGCACGGCCAAAGUGCGGUUUGCAAGCCACGUGUCUCCUGGGCAAUUCAAGUCCCAUCACGAUAGAUUCGUGGAAAAUUUUGAUUUUUUUUUUUCAAACAGGACAAAUCUGGUAGCAGAGCCAGACACGAAUCCUGCGUUGGGAUGCUGCCACAGAUUUUCUGAGUUUAAAACGCCACAGCCAAACGGGGCGAGUGAAUUUGCCGUGUGACCAUUCCCGUGGCGUGUGUCUUGUGGUUCUCGGCCAUAUGAAGAUUUUAGAUGCAGCUCAGGAUCGGAAAGUUUGGCCACCCCUCCUAUUGGAAAAACUUAUAAAGAAUUGGCAUGCAAGACUUGUGCACAAAAUUUGGUCAGCUCAGGAUAGUGUUCCAAUUGGCUUAAUGAUGAACGUGUUUUACCUAUAUAUGUUCACUACAUGUGUGUGCUCAUGCAUACAGGGAAAGCUAACACAUUAAUGGGGCAUAAUUACGCUCGCAGUGAUUAGGAACUCGUGUAGCUAGAAGAUUAUGGUCUUGUGAGAGCCUACGCCUUACGUGGAUAUGUGGCUUCAUCUUAUCGUUUCAGUAUAAAAAGUAACUAUUUUUUGGACAUUAAAGGUAAUAUCUGCACCAUAUGUAUGUUUAACUUCUUUCGCACCGUAUGUAGACAUACAGUGCGGGGGAAGGACAAACUAAACACAAGCAGUUCUAAAGUAAUUCGUUUUCAAUUUAGAUUUAGAAGUGCAUAGCUCCAGUGGCUUUGUAAUAUCGUAAGGGAAGAGCGUUCCAGAUGGUCGCAGAAGCGCAUCUGAAAGCAUGUGAUGUAGUGACCGUCUUUGAUGAUGAUAGGCUGCAAUCGUGGCAUACGUGACGAAAUUGAUAUUGCUGCGAUUUGGCAUAAAAAUCUAAAUACGAACGUAGCCCUUUAGAAAUGUGCUCUAUUUCAACAAUGGAAAUUUGUUUAUAUAUGUCGUAGUUAUCAGUGUUUUGUUAUUGUGUUGUACAAAACUAGGACGUGAUGUAAACGUUUUGAAUACUCUGCAAAAGUCCCUUUUGAAUGCUCUGCAAAAGGAGAUGUCGAUGCUAUAAUCGCACAAUGAAAUCACCAUAUUUUUUCCCAUCAUGGGACCUCAUGGGCAGAACUUGUACGUUUUGGGUACUUCGCGCGACAAGACAUACAGCUUCAGUCCUUUCGGCAGCACAUAGGGAACAUUAACCUCUAUUACGAGGCACAUGUUGAGGUCAUUCAGAAAAAUCUGUGAAACUUGCAGAUGGGACCGAGUGUGAUUAUGGUUUUAGGCUCUGUAACCUCGCCCCGUUCCCACCAGAACCCCACAACCCCAUUCUCUACCCAUCGCUUUAGAUCAUUAACCCACCUGCUUUCCAGAACCUAACAUCACCUGUCUCCAUGACCACUCCCUCAGAUCCAACCCCUUUCUAGAUCUUUCCAAACCCCCCCCCCACUUAUGCCUCGGCCACUAUAUCACCUCCUCCCCCAUGUGGGUUCCAGACCCAGAACCUCUUUAAAAUAUGAGCCACUCCGCUGUCGGUUCUGCUGAUGGUCGCCCGCUUAGCGGCUCGUCAGCUGGCAUGUGAACUGGUCGAGAUCUGACUGGCCGAGGCAUCAGCUGGGCAACGAUGAGCAACAGUGCCCAUAGCUGCCAUCUCUGAUGUAGGCCGCGGGCUGCCGGCUUGCAUGGCUGACGACUCAACUGUCAGGACAGCCAUGGAUGUUUUCCAGCGCUGCUCCACUGUCAAUGCUGUAGGCCUCAGGCUGGCAAUGCAUAUGGCCGGCAGCUUUGCUGCCAGGAGCAUUGGACGGCACCGCUUCGCCAUUGACGCUGUAGUCCCCAGGCUGGCGUGGCGAAACAUGUGGCUAGCGGCUUCAUCGGGGCAGCUGGGAGCAUUGACCGGUGCUGCUCUACUGUCAGUGAUUUAGACCGCAGGCUGGCAACUCCCAUGCCAGGGCAGCCAUGGGCGUUGGUCGACGUUACUCUGUUGUCGACGAUGCCAGCGGAUGGCCGCUUGGCGGCCCAAUGGCUGGCUUUGUCCCUGGGCCAGACUCGGCUAGAGACCGCCCUUGAUCCAUCGACCUUGGGUCCGCCGCUUCUCCACUCGAAAAGGGUAGGGGCAAGCUGUCACUACGUGCCACCAUCCGUGACGUUGGUAAUGGCACUCGGCGGUCCUCGCCGCCUUUCCAGCACUUAUCUUCUGUUUCCAUCACCACUCCCUCAGCUCCAUCCUAUUUCCCAAAUCUUUUCCAAAAAACACCCCUGACAACUUCACCGCUCAGACCAGGUCAGCCACAGUCAACUAGUACACCAAUUGUUGAUUCCAAAACUAGCAUUUAUGGGUGUUUAAAAAAUUGUAAAGAAGAUGGUCGAGUUUGAUUGUGUAAAGACCUUCAGGUCUUCCAAGUUCAUAUGAGUUGAUGUGUAGAGGAGUGUUGUACCUCACUAGUUAUGUGACUUUUCCAAGUUACUGUGCAAAUGUUCACGUCGAAUCUGACCUUUGAAAGUGUUUUUGUGUUAUCACUAUUUACCUUUACAUCUGUAAUAGCUCACAUGAAAUUCGAAAUUCCGAUGAAGUGGGCAAUAAAACCCAUAAGUGUAA